UCCGUCCGGCCGCCCGGUCCCCGCGGGAUGAGGGGAUCGUAGCGCCGCGGCCGCCUCCGCCAUGAAGCGGAAGAGCUGGGCCGAGGCGCGGCGCCGCGCGGCCCCGCCGCCGCCCGCGCUGAAGAGGACGCGGGGCGCGGCGCCGCGGGCGGCGGGGGGCGAGGCGGAGCGGCGGCGGCAGCCGCCCCCCGCCGGUCCGGAGACCUGCCUGAGGAUCGCGGAUCGCCUUUAUUUUGCAAUCCUCUACCAAAAACCAAAGAAUGGAGCUGCAAAUACCCAUUAUUUCUGCAUAGAUGAUGAACUUGUGUAUGAGAAUUUCUAUGCAGACUUUGGACCACUCAAUCUGGCAAUGGUCUACAGAUACUGCAGCAAGCUAAAUAGGAAAUUAAAGUCAUUUUCAUUGAUAAGGAAGAAAAUAAUUCAUUAUACUGGCUUUGAUCAGAAAAAGCAAGCAAACGCUGCAUUCCUCAUAGGCUCCUACGCAAUAAUAUAUCUGAAAGAAUCCCCAGAAGAUGUGUACAGGCUUAUAUUGUCAGGAAGCGUUUCUUAUCUUCCUUUCAGGGAUGCUUCCUUUGGUACUUGCAGCUUUCAUUUGACAUUACUGGACUGUUUUCAUGCAAUAAACAAGGCUUUGCAGUAUGGUUUCCUGGAUUUUAGUACAUUUGAUGUAAAUGAAUAUGAGCAUUAUGAAAGAGCAGAAAAUGGAGAUUUUAACUGGAUAAUACCAAACAAAUUCAUUGCCUUCAGUGGACCUCAUUCAAGAAGUAAAAUUGAAAAUGGCUAUCCCCACCAUGCUCCAGAGGCUUAUUUCCCAUACUUCAAGCAAAAUAAGGUCACCACUAUAAUACGCCUCAACAAAAAACUAUAUGAUGCCAAACGAUUUACAGAUGCUGGAUUUGAACAUUUUGAUCUCUUCUUUGCUGAUGGAAGCACACCUAGUGAUACUAUAGUUAAAACAUUUCUAAAUAUUUGUGAAAAUGCUGAAGGUGUAAUAGCUGUUCAUUGCAAAGCUGGUCUUGGACGAACUGGCACACUUAUUGCCUGUUACAUCAUGAAACAUUAUCGGAUGACAGCUGCUGAAACUAUUGCCUGGAUCAGAAUAAAUAGACCUGGUUCUGUGAUUGGACCACAACAGCAUUUCCUGAUGGACAAACAGGCAGAACUUUGGACAGAAGGGGAUAUUUUCCGUGCAAAGUUGAAACGAAACCAUAAAAUUGCUGUAACAAGAAUUCUGUCAGGAGUAGAUGAUAUUUCAAUUAAUAACACAAGAAACAGGAGAACCAUCCAAAAGGACAUUGAACUGUACAGUGAUGAUGAUGAAACAAACUGUUUAACACAAGGGGAUAAGCUUCGUGCUCUGAAAAGCAGAAGGCAAGCAAAAGCUCCAACUGCAUCUCCACUAGCAUGGCUCCUAGCUAUGCUGGUGUCUACACUGUGUAGCAUUGUCAUCUGGUGGAUUGUAUGUGGCUCCCUUCUGCCCAGCCUGCUAUUCUGUCUAGAUGGUUUAAGAACAUAGUAACCAUCACGACCCCCAGAGAGAGCCACUGUCUGCCAAUCCAUCACAAAGACUAGAACAGUAUUGCGCUGAAUUUUGAAUAAGCCACCAAUGUUGAAGAGGAUAUUCAGGAGUGAAGGGGAUAUAGAGGGGACUUGAUGCAAUUCAAGGAAGAUCACUUUGGCUCUAUUUUUCAGUUAAAAAUGAAAUAGAACAAUCUCUUUUUAACUUGUAGAAUAAAAUGAACUGUCAACAUGUUUGGUAGAAUUUUUUCUACCAUGUUAACACUUUCUCAAAACCUACGGAAUCUACGUACAUUCAGACUCAGGUGUAAAUAUUUAAGCUCUCAAUUAUAAAGAGGGCUUGCUAGUAUAUAUGAUGCAUGUGUACGAAUUGUGAUGGCAAUCACUUAGCUGCUGACCACCACAUGGUGGGAGCUUUUAAGUAUAUAAAUCUGUGUUGUGCAUUCAGACUGGGCUGAAGUCUUCACUUGAGUCUGAGAAUCAACCACAAAAGCUUUUUUUUCUAAUAGUAUUGGUACUCUCCUGUGUUGACUGGCUGUUCUUUCUUACUUUGUAUGGAGUUUUUUACAAAACUGCAGUAUUGAGUACAUAAUGUAACUAUUGUCCACCAAAGAAUGCUUUGUCAAAGGUUGUGUGGUUUAUUUAGGAAAAACUAUUGUAAGUGAUUAACCUUUUUUAGUAGUGACAGCUUUUUAGUUGUUCACAACCAAUUGCUCUUUGAAGUAGCUAUAACUGCUUCAAAUAUGGUAUUAUUUUAAAGGGGAGGAAAAACUCUACCAUUUAAAGCAGUGCUGUCAUAUUGAAAUGUCAUUACUGUUUCAUCACUGAAACAUUACUGUUUCUUUUCCUAUCAAGUCCUUUAGGUGAAACUUUAAAUUACCAUAUAUGAAAGGUAAGAAUCCCCACCCCAGAUUUCAUUGGUAUGCUUGAUAACACAUGGACAGUGCUUUGGGACACUUAAUGUGUGCAGCAGACAAAAAAAGGGAAAGUAAAGCUGCCAUAGGACUGAGGUAGUGGAAUUCAGGGGCAGGUAAAAAUUCUGACAUCUAACACUUUAAGAAAUACUAUUUACCUCUGGUAAAAAGCAGUGUAAUUUUUAGAGGAAUAUGCUUGAGACUGAAAUUUUCAUCCCCUACAGGACUACAGUGGUUUUUUUCCUACUACUUUUCACAUUAUGGCAUUUCAACACUGAUGUACCCUUGUCCACCAGCUGGCUGAUGGUUAUAGCUGCAUAUCCCUCAGAUGAGGGCUGUUACCACAUAGCCUUAAAAAUGAAUCAGUUAUUUGUUGAUUUAAUAACUUUUACAGUACAAAGUGGAAGAAAAUCAGAAAUCUGCAAUGUUAGUAAUAGAAUAACUGAAGUUUUUAAAGAUGCAGAUUACCUCUGUGAGAGAGGGAAAUUUCAAUGAAUGUAAAUGUUCACUGACUAGUUUCAAUCUACAUCCUUUUGAAUGGAAACUAAGCUUUCUGUUAGGCUGGUGAUUUUUGAAUGCCAGUAUGAAUAAAGUAUGAAACUACACAAUGGCUGGAAAAGAGUUUCUAGCAAAAGAAUCAUGAAUUGGAGAGGAAACAGGAUGUGAAGUGUAAGUAAGCUUACAGAUAACAUCCAUGUGCUUAGAUAGUCAAAAUCUGCAAAUAUGAAUACAAACUAAAAAGAAAAGAUUUAAUGCAAAAUAUAGGACAACUGAAGGCUAAUACUGAAAAUAUUUUGUUUUCUUCUUAAACUUCCCUUUUUACCCCAUUUUCUUCUAGAUAAAAAGCAUCUGAAAGAGAGGGACUGAUCUCAUCCUAGUAAGGCAAUUAAAAUUUCUUGGGCUUUGAAUGGGGUUGCUUUGUUUGUUUUGGCAGAAGUUAUUUGGUUUUUCUGGGAUUGUUUCAGUUUAGGGCGUUUUGGAUUUGGUUUGUUUGGUUAGGGGUUUUUAGUGGAGGUUGUGUGGUUUGGGUUGUUUUUUUUGUUUGGGCGGAUUUUUUAAUAAGCCAUUUGUGCAAAACUUAUCUACAGAUAACCACAAUAGUAGGUCUGUUGUGCAAAUAUGAAUCUAUGCCUAUUUUUGAACAAAAUUCUCAUCUUGGAAGGCUAAAGAGGUGUAAAUAGUGAAGAGAAUCAGAAUAAAGGUUUAAUAAUAUUUACUGUGUUUGGCUUUGCCCUUCUCAGCUGAGCUGCUUCUUUUAGUAUUUUUUUUUAAUCUAAAAAUAAUUGGUCUCUUUCUCAGCCCUUCCAAAUUCUAAAUCAGAAUUUGCUGCAUUUAAAGUAACCAGCAGAGUAAUUAGCACUUCUAGCUUCAUCAAAAGUAAAUUUGCAUAAUGCAACUGCAUAAACAAUAGCAACUCUAGCUAAACCAAAACUAAAUGUUUAGCAUCAAUGUGUUUCAGUAUACCCUAUUCACCAUCCACUAUCUUAGUAAAAAAGCACAUAAAUGUCAAAGGGAUUUUACAUCUGAAUUUUCCAAACAGCCUUAUAUGGAAAAUUAACUCAUUACCUCAUUGUGCCAAAUCUAAUUGUAUGCUUAGAUUUGUUUGUUACAAAUUUUUAUUACUUUUUCUAACAUUUUUAAUAUACCAUACCAAAGGUGUCUUAAGUACAAGAAUGAAGAGUCGGCAUGGAUGAGGAAGUUCUUGGUUUCUAAAUUUUUUCUGAAUUGUGAAGUACUAUGUGCCAAAACGGAAUGUGUUAUGGCAGCUGUGUCACCUUUGUAUAUCUGUACAACAGAGCAGCUGAAUGAAGUUUCUUCUGCUGUCAUCAGUUAGGAGAGUCUUCUUAGAAAUUCUUUCCUCAUUCAAACAUCUGGCAGAUGAAUCCUUCCUCAAUCUCUUAACUAAAAAGACACUACAUGCUCAAAAGCUGUAAGAUCUUGGGUAAAAUUGCUGGUUGCCAUUACAGCAUCAAAAAAACUUAGACACUAACCUAGACCUUGUCUUUUUGCCCUAGUAUGACAGUAGAGGAAGCACUGCUGCUUUAAAACAGUAAGAGAUUGUAGAAAAAAUCCAAAAUAUAAAUGUGAUAUUCACCAGUUUGUUGCACUGCAUUUUUUAUAUUAAUUGUUUGCAGACUGUCAUACGUAAACUCACGUACAGGCUAUCAAGCUCUAAAAUUUUUUGACUGACCAGUACUGUUCAUCCUGAUUAGUUUUAAACUGUAUAUUUCUAAUCAUAUUUUUUUAACUUGGAUUGACAGAACGGAAGUUUAUUUUGCUGAAGGUAUUUUUAAGAUAAAGCUUCAUAUUAUCUUGUAAUAUUAAUUAGUUCAAUAUGCAUUUGUCUGUUAUUUGAAAAUACUGCAGAUUGUAUUUGAUUUUAUACAAAAUCUGAAUAGUGAAAAGUGUAAACAUGAACUGUGUAAAAUUAAAAAUAAUGAGAAGGUU